AUGGAAACGCGGAUCGUCAAGGUCAAGAGCAAAGAGCUCGGCCACUUCGAACCAGGCGGCGAGAGGCUCGGCCGAUGGCAGGUGGCCUCCGACCCCGUGGCCACGGCCGAACUGCGUGAAGCGGCCGCCUACCUGCGCACAAACGACACCCCCGUCGCCUUCCCCACGGAGACCGUCUACGGCCUCGGCGCCGACGCCACCCGCUCCGCCGCCGUCAAGGGCAUCUACGCCGCCAAGGGCCGGCCCUCCGACAACCCCCUCAUCAUCCACGUCAGCGACCUCACCAUGCUGCGCCGCUUCCUGGCCCCCGCGGCGCCGUCCGACGCAUCAGGCGCGCCGCCGUCCGAAGCAUCAGACGCACCAGACGCCGCAGACGCCGCCGCCGUCGAGGACCCCAUCCCCGCCAUCUACAAGCCCCUCCUCGAGCGCUUCUGGCCGGGGCCCCUGACCAUCCUGCUGCCCCUGCCCUCGCCCUCGCCCCUGGCCCCCGAAGUCACAGCCGGCCUGCCGACCUUCGCCGUCCGCAUGCCCGCCUCGCCCCUGGCCCUCUCCCUCAUUGCCCUCGCCGACACGCCCCUCGCCGCCCCCUCGGCCAACGCCUCGACCAAGCCCUCGCCCACCGCCGCGCGCCACGUCCUCGACGACCUCGCCGGCCGCAUCGAGCUCAUCCUCGACGCCGGCCCCUGCGCCGUCGGCGUCGAGAGCACCGUCGUCGACGGCCUCUGCGACCCCCCCGUCGUCCUGCGCCCCGGCGGCCUCGCCCUCGACCGCCUGCGCGCCUGCCCCGGCUGGGCCCGCGCCGUCAAGGCCUACCGCGACGCCAGCGAGGAGGGCGCCGCCGCGCCCCGCGCCCCGGCAUGA